GUCUUUAUACUGUGGUUUCAGUGUUCACGUUUCAUGAUAACUUGCUGUUCGUAUUAUUUGAACGUCGUGUUUGUGGUGUAUAUUGUUAUAUAUUCUCGGUAUCGUUUUAUCGUCUUAUUUAUUCACCUUUUAAAAUAAUUGACGUACAUCAUGGCUGCAGAUGAUUCGCAAUGGAAAACGCCACACUUUCGACAAAGCGUAGUUGCGAAAAUUGAUGAAGCAAUACAAGUGUCUGGUAUGCCCACAACAAAGAAUAGCAUUGAAAUGGAAAAUCAUGUCUUCCAAAAAGCUAAGUCUAAGGAAGAAUACUUGGGCUUUGUUGCCAGAUUGAUUCUUCAUGUCCGAGAAAUGAAUUCCAAAAAGGGUGCAACUGGUACUGCACCAGGUACUGCUGGUACCAACAAUCAAGGUAUGCCUGAUCCAAUUGGUGCUCUUCAGACAUUGGCACGCCAGGGAACAGGAAAUAAUCAAAUGAUGGGCAUGGGUGGUCCAGGUCCCAAUCAUCAGGGAAUAAUUCCGCAACCACCUGCAAAUACUGCAACUAACCUUUUACAAAGUUUAAAUCAACGACCCGGGCAACCAAUGAAUAUGCCUGGUAUGCAAAAUAAAAUGCCAGGUAUGGGUAUGAUGCCAACGCAAACUGGCGGUCCAAUGAAUCACAUGGGCUCGAUCCAAACUAUACAAAACAAUCCUAUGUUGACUCAAAUGAAUCAAAUGGGACAAGGCAAUAUUCCUCCACAAAUGAAUCAAAUGGUGCCUGGGCAAAUGGGUCAAUUGGGCGCUGGACAGAUGCAACAAAAUAUGCAGUCCCAGAUGCAGAAUCAGUUACCAGGUCAAAUGAAUAAUCAAAUUACGGGACCAAUAGGCAAUAUACAAACUAAUAUACCGCAACAGAUGAAUCAAAUUGGCCCUGGACAAUUAGGCCCUGGUCAGAUGCAACAGCAGUUAAAUCAUAUUCAAAGAAAACCAGGUGAAAUGAUGAAUACUGGAUUUCCUGGUCCUCGUAACGUUACGCCUAAUCAAUUUUUGAGACAGAGCCCGUCUCCUUCAGCUCCAAGCCCAGCUGGUUUGGGAGCGCCGUCGAGUAAUCAAAUGGUAGCUUCACCCGCUCUGGUACCAUCACCAAGUCCUCAGCAUGCCAUCAUGACAGGACCAACUCGUCCUGUGAAUUCCGUAGGUAUGGCACCAUCUCCAAGUAGCUCGUUAAAUACUCCUGGGGGUGUAGGUGCAACACCAAGUCCUCAACAAGAAGAUCAGGUUUACAGAGAUAAAAUCAGACAAUUGAGCAAAUACAUAGAGCCAUUACGAAGAAUGAUUGCUAAAACGAGCAAUGAAGGAAAUGUCGAUAAACUUAGUAAGAUGAAGAAACUCUUGGAAAUUUUAUCGAAUCCUAGUAAACGCAUGCCGAUGGAUACGUUGCUGAAAUGCGAAAUUGUCUUGGAAAAGUUAGACUUUAAGAGAGGAGAUAGUAGUGUGGGACCGCCAGUGACAACGUUGAAGGAGCAUCAAAUAUUCAGUCCAUUGUUAGAAGCCGUAAGCGCGCAUCUUCAAAGCCCGGUAAUCAAUCACACGUUACAACGCACUUUUGGACCAUGUUUGGAUGCCUUGUUUGGACCGGAAAUAAAAAAUUUGCCACCACCAUUGAAGAAGCAGAAAAUAGAGGAAUCACCUAGCGAAAUACCAGAUGUAUUACAAGGAGAAAUAGCUAGGCUGGACCAACGGUUUAAAGUCAGUUUAGAUCCAGCGCAACAAAGUGGAUCGAAAUGCAUACAAUUAAUAUGUUGGCUUGACGAUCGUCACCUUCCAUGCGUUCCACCGAUAUCGGUUACAGUUCCCGCAGAUUAUCCUUCAACGCCGCCUCGUUGCGCCAUGGCACCGCACGAAUACGAAGCAACAACAUUUCUGUGUGCCGUACAAAAAGCCCUAAAUGCCCGCAUCGCCAAAUUACCGCGCCGUUUCUCUCUUUCCCAACUGUUGGACACAUGGGAGAUGAGUGUACGACAAGCCAGCGCACCAAAAGAAACAUCUAUUACUGCCAGAGUCUGGAUGGAAAUGUUCCUUAUAAAAAAUUAAUGUCUGACCACGGUUGAAUUCCACCGCCCAGAUUUUAACGGUAGUAGACCAAGGAGAGGCAUCACCAUAUACCUCGUCCAACUCAGCUUUGAUCUGGGUAGGCGAUUUUUCAUUUAAAUUUUAUCAGAAAUUUCAUUAUGGCGAGAUACUCGAUACUUUAAUUUAUUUAUUGUUGACAAAUUAUAUUACUGACAAUUUUAAAAGAAAACUAAAGAUUAGACUAACAUUAAACUUUCACGGUAGAUAUUUUUCAAUCGAAAUUAGUAUCUACUACUACAAAACUGUUAUAUUAGUAGUUCUUAUUCUUUAUUGGUCAGGUCAGAAACUUUUCAAAUCGCCUAUGUAUUUAUAGCAUAGCAAGUUUUUCAAGUGUAUAUUUAUGUAUAUUUACAUAAGUAUAAAUAUAAAUUUAUAGUACAAAUAUGAUAUAUAUAUAUUAUAGUGGAAAAAAAUAGUUGAGAUUAUUUAUUGGAAAAUUAAUAAACUGUACUAAGAUUUGAUUCUAUGCAGAAAGAAACGGAGAAGAGAGAAUCGUGAGCUAGGUUAUUGUAUUUAGAUUUAACUUCAGAUUAAGUUAAUGGAUUGUAUAUGAUGUAUAGCCUUCAUUCGAGCCAAUCAGGACAUGUAAUAAGAUGUCAUAUGCGAUCUAGCAUGAAAAAUCAUGUUGUGCUGAAGGCUUAUCUUGUAACUUUAUUUUAUAACUCUGUGGAAAUCGGUAAAAAGUAUCUAUCUUUAAGUCAAUAAAAUUACAUAAUUUACUUAUUCUAGAUAAAUUUGUAUAAAAUUUUAAGUAAUUCUAUAAAUAAAAAUAUAAAAUAAGCUUUAUUUUAUAUAUUGCAAAUAUCUAUUUAUAAGAUCCAGUGGCACCAACAUGUUUUGGUUUUAAGCAAAAUUUAAACAUAUGUCUACCUUUAUUUUUUUCUCUAAAUAAAUAAAGACAGACACAUAUUUAAGUCUCGCUUAAAAUUAAAAUAAUGUCUGUAAUCAAGCAUGAUACAGAUACUUGUAUGUAUACAAUACUUAUAAUAUGAGUACUUGUAUGAUUAUAUAUUAUAACAUGAUCAUAUAUUACAUAAAAUUAGUAACAAAAAACCACAAUUAAAUAUUAAUUAAAAGAUUUAAAAUAAUUAAUUUAUUUUGUAAGUUUAACUAUGUCAUAGAAUAAUAUAUGCUUCUCUCAUAACAUAUUUGUUCUUUUAUCUCUACAGUUCUGAUAAUAAAUAUCUGUAUUAUUUGCUCAAAGGA